AUGCCUCAAGAAGUGAAAAAGAAUACUGCAACAGAUAGAGGCAACAGUAUUGGCAAGGACAAUAGGCUUACGACAACUUAUCUUGGGGUUUCACAACCCAUUUCAAUUUCGGGACCGGAUGAAUUUGAUAUUGUCAUGUCGACAAAAUUAGAUGAAUAUUUGCAAGCAAAUGGUUAUUUUGAAACAGAAGAGGAAAUGAAUUUACGUCUUAAAGUGCUUAGCAAAAUCAACGCAUAUGUGAAAAAAUGGGUCCGCAUCGUAUCUAAAAGAAGGCAAAUGCCUGAUUCUGAAAUUCAAAGCGUUGGUGGAAAAUUAUUUACUUUUGGAUCAUAUCGACUUAACGUACAUACUAGAGGAGCUGAUAUUGAUUCACUUUGUGUAGCGCCGAGACAUGUGGAUCGGAACGAUUUCUUCACAAGUUUCUAUGAAAUGCUUGCUGAGGAUCCAAAUACAACGGAAUUACGCCAGGUUCAGGAAGCUUUUGUCCCCGUAAUCAAAUUAAAAUAUUAUGGUAUUGAAAUGGAUAUAUUAUUUGCUCGCCUUGCUCUACCGAGAGUGCCAGAAGAUCAGCAGUUGAACGAUGAUUCGAUAUUGAGAAAUUUAGAUGAGAAAAGUGUUCGUUCGUUAAAUGGCUGUCGCGUUGCUGAUGAAAUAUUACGCCUAGUACCCAAUAUAUCAAAUUUUACAUAUGCACUACGAGCCAUUAAACUUUGGGCGAAAAAUCAUGGCAUAUAUUCUAAUGUUCUUGGUUAUCUUGGCGGUGUAUCAUGGGCUAUACUUGUUGCUCGAACAUGCCAGUUAUAUCCAAACACUGGGCCAGCAAGACUUGUGCAGAAAUUUUUCUUAUUAUACACAAAAUGGGAAUGGCCACAUCCAGUAGUCCUUAAGGAAACAGAAAUUUCACACGCACGUGAUAUGCCGUCUUUACAAGAACUUGUUUGGGAUCCGCGAUCAAGAAGUGGUGAUCGUGAAAGUCCCAGUCGCAGGUUUCAUCUUAUGCCAAUCGUGACACCAGCUUUUCCGCAACAGAAUUCAACAUUCAAUGUAACGAAGUCUUCGCUCAAAAUCAUCAUGAAUGAGAUCGAAGAAGGUCUUGUUACUAUUAACGACAUAAUGAAAGGAAAGACUGGAUGGUCAGCAUUGUUUGAAGAAGUUAAUUUCUUCAGUCGUUACAAACAUUUCCUAGCACUUCUUUGUUUGUCGGCGACAGAGCAAGAUGAAUUGGUGUGGUGUGGACUAGUUGAAUCUAAAAUCCGAUUUUUGAUUGCAAGUUUGGAACGUCGCGAAAGUAUCAGGGUGUGUCAUGUACAUACAAAAUAUUAUCAGCCACGAAAUGAUCCUUUUCCGGUUCAAGUUUCUCUCCAGAAUCCUCGAUGCCGGCUUUGGUUUAUUGGAUUAGAUUUGAAUAAAACUGUGAGCAGGAAAAUUGACAUACAGCAUGAAGUUCAAAGUUUUAUGGAUCUUCUGAACAGCAUGGCUACUACUCAAAAUAUAUACGUAGAAGGAAUGAGUGUAAUACCACAUUAUCUUCGUAAAGCAGAACUUGUAAAAUGGUUGAAAAUGGAAGACCUAACUAGGGGAAAGAAAGCACCAAAAAGGAGACGAAUAGCAACUUCUCAAAAUCAACAGGCUACAGGUCCAUUACAAAAUAAGACGAGAAGUGAAACAUCAAGCAUUGCUUCUUGUAACUCUUCGGGAGCUGCAUCGCCUUCCACGUCAUUAUCUGGGACGGAAGUCAGUAAAAAUGUACAAAAUGAUUUAGCAAUGUCAUCAACAGUUUCAGUACCAACAGUCUCAGGCUCUGCAGAGGCAGUUCCUAAAUCGGAGAUAAGCAUCUCGAGCUGCAAUGACAUUCCUAUCGGUUCAAAUUCAGUGGAAAGGAAGCUAUCGAGUGAAGCCAGCAGAAUAGUUCUUCACAGCCACUCAGCUAUUGAAGCAAUUGACAACCAAUCUCCUGCUACGCAACGCCUCGUGAGUGAUGGCCAAAAUAGUGAAUUACAACUUUUGGUGAAUAAUGAUGAAACGAACCCGCAAAAAAAUAAUGGAAGAAAAAGAUCAGCGGAAAGGAAUACCGAAGAUGCAGAAACAGCGCCAACUCAACUUAAAAGGUGUUCAUUCGCAGAAACAAAUCUUGCCUCUCCAGCAAACGUGGAAACGGAACAAACUAAUCGGAGUUUACUUGAUUCGGGUUUCAAUGGUGCUGGUGCUUUAUAA